GGAGGGACAGCGCUGGUGGCGGCGGCUGCGCCCGCCCCGCCCGGAGGGAUGGAAGGGCCCGCUCGUCGCUCCCUCCUUCUCUGCUUUCUCUUCUUUCUCUACCUUCCCUGAAUUCCCCGCCGUUCCCGCCUGCCCUGCCUGCCUUGCCUUCCCUGUCUUCCCUGCCUUCCCUGCCUUGCUGCUGUGCUCAGGCCUGCCCUGGUGCCGCCACCUCUGCCCGUGUCCCCACAGCCCUGGGCCACACGGGGCGGCUCCCAGAGUGCGGGGCUCCGAGCCAGCCCUCUCUGUCCCUUCCUGUUGGCAGACAGGGACAGAGGGACAGUGGCUUUGGACACUUCCUCCGUAGUGUCCUCAGCUCCUUUCCGCUGACAGAGAGGCCUGUCGGAGCGGGUGGGGACGCAGCACGAUCUUAGGGCAGCAGGUGGCAGAUGAGGUGCCUGCUCUGUCCCGUUCCUCUGCUGAAGCUGGAGCGGCUCCCGGAGUGCUCUGCCCUCAGGUGUGGGCUGACAGCUUGGGAAAGUCCCAGCACAAACACACAGGGUGAACAUGGGUCGAAUCGACCGUCAUCCAGUGCUGUGUAUCACCCUGCUUCUGUAAGCUGAGAUUUCCAAGGCUGACUGCUCCUGGAAGAUGAAAGGAGAAGGAGGAGGAGGCAACAGCGGCAGCCAAACUUAAAUAAUUCUGACGAUUCCCGAUAUCAAAUGGAGGCCCCUGAGUGGGACCCACUGAAAAAUGACACCCUUCCGCCGACCCUGACGCCAGCUGUCCCUCCGUAUGUGAAGCUGGGCCUGACCAUUGUAUAUACUGUUUUUUAUUCACUGCUUUUUGUGUUCAUCUACGUCCAGCUCUGGCUGGUCCUUCACUACAGGCACAAGAGGUUCAGUUACCAAACUGUCUUUCUGUUUCUCUGCCUGUUUUGGGCCUCUCUUAGGACAGUGCUCUUUUCAUUUUACUUCAAAGACUUUGUCACAGCAAAUUCUCUGAGCCCCUUCAUCUUCUGGCUUCUCUAUUGCUUCCCAGUCUGCCUCCAGUUUUUCACCCUGACCCUGAUGAAUCUUUACUUCACACAGGUGAUUUUCAAAGCUAAGUCAAAAUAUUCCCCAGAGCUACUGAAAUACAGGUUGCCCCUCUACCUGGCUUCUCUUUUCAUAAGUCUCCUCUUCCUCUUGGUGAAUUUAACAUGUGCAGUAUUGGUGAGGACACAGAAUUCAGAGAGAAAAAUCAUUGUCUCUGUCCGAGUGGCAAUUAAUGACACGCUGUUUGUGCUGUGCGCUGUUUCCCUCUCCAUCUGCCUGUAUAAGAUCUCCAAGAUGUCUUUAGCCAACAUUUACUUGGAGUCCAAGGGCUCAUCUGUCUGUCAGGUGACAAGCAUAGGAGUGACUGUUAUUCUACUUUAUACCUCACGAGCCUGUUACAACUUGUUCAUCUUAUCAUUUUCCCAAACCAAGAAAGUCAACUCUUUUGAUUACGAUUGGUACAACGUGUCAGAUCAGGCAAAUCUGAAAUGUCAGCUGGGAGAUGCAGGUUAUAUAGUGUUUGGAGUGAUCCUUUUCAUCUGGGAGCUCUUGCCUACUUCCUUGGUUGUGUAUUUCUUCCGUGUCCGAAACCCUACAAAAGAUCUAGCCAAUGCAGGAAUGGUCCCAAGUCACGGCUUCAGUCCCAGAUCUUACUUCUUUGACAACCCCCGCAGAUACGACAGUGAUGAUGAUCUAGCCUGGAAUAUUGCUCCACAGGGGGCACAGGGCAGUUUCUCUUCAGACUACUAUGACUGGAGCCAUCAGAACAACAGCUUCAUGGCUUACAUAGGAUCCCUCCAGCAAGAUCCAGCACUGGACACAGACCGGCCAAGCCCUAUUUAACUGCAAUCAACUACAGCAUUCUAGGACAUUCCAAAAUUAAAACAAAUGUUCUGAAAAACAAAGCUUAGCAACUUUUCUUCACCUUUUGGUUUUUAGAAAUUUUCCUAUGCACACAUAAAUGAAGAACCUUGCCAUGAGCUUUUCAUAGUUCAAGGAGAAGUAUAAGCUAAUGAUUUAAACUUUGAAGACUGUUCCAAUUAAUACCUUGUUCUAAGCCAUGGUAUUUUGGCUUUGAAUAGAGUUGUUAGAAGGUAUAAUUUAAUCAUUUUUAUGCUCAUUUUAAAAGAGCAAAUUUCAUGAAGUGAAAUGACAUAAUUAUUUUCUAAGUAUUUUUAUUUUUACACUGUGUAUAAAGUUAGAAAUACAUGAUUAUGAUCAAUAUACUGUAAACACAUGAAUAGAUUUUUCAAAUGCAUGACAGUUGCAAUUUUUGUGCACAUAAAAGCCUGUAAGAAAAAAAUAUCAGCCCAAUUAAAUACUGUCUUUUCAAGUUA